AGUAAAUAAAGGCGAGCUAGCUGCCACAAGCUCCUUAGCUGCUCCUUCUUUCAACAGAAUAGACAAUGUUUCACCAUCUGUUAUUUAACUUGCUAUCAGUCAGUUGUCUGUAGGUUGAGUUGUUCUCGUUAAGCGAUGAACCGACAGCCUGAGUCGGGACUGUAAAAGGAGCCUCGGCCACUUCAUUUAAAUCUGUGGCGACUUCGCUAGCUACACGGGUUAGCUUAUCGCUAGCGAGCCGAGUUAGCAUCCAGAGAGGGUGUCUCGUCGCUUGUGACUAUGCAAGGGGAAACUACAGCUAUACGAAUCGCGGAAAACGAAGGGAAGCUGGAUGUAUUUCCCCAGAACAGAACCCCCAGCUCGGGGAGGGCGAGUGCCAAGAGUUGGCAGUAUAGUGACCAUAUGGAGAAUAUUGAUGGCUACCUAAUGAAAUACACUAACCUGGUAACAGGGUGGCAGUACAGGUUCUUUGUCUUAAACAAUGAGUUGGGCUUGCUGGAGUAUUUUGUCAAUGAGCAGUCGCGGGCGCAGAAGCCCCGCGGCAUGCUCCCCCUGGCCGGGGCCGUCAUCUCCCCCAGCGACGAGGACUCCCACACCUUCACCGUCAACGCCAUCAGCGGGGAGCAGUACAAGCUCAGGGCUACCGAUGCCAAAGAGAGGCAGCACUGGGUCAGCCGGCUGCAGAUCUGCACGCAGCACCACACAGAGGCCAUGGGGAAGAGUAAUCCCCCACCCAAGUCCCGGAGCUACUCGAUGGCGUCUCAAGGCAGCGGCAGCUCGCCCAUGUCCGUGCGCCGGCCCAGCCAAAACCCUACCGCCGUGUUCGGCUGGUCGCAGGUCCAGAAGGGCUCGUCCGUCUACUCCAGCAAGAGGUCGCUGCUGCCGGACCACCUGAUGGAGGCCAAAGAGAUGAUGACCCAAGCCCAAAGCCAACACAAAGACCUGAUGCAGAGCAUCGAGGGGCUGCCCUCCGCCCCGGGCCUCUCCCCUCUGGACCAGGAUCUGCUGAUGCUCAAGGCCACUUCCAUGGCCACCAUGAACUGCCUCAACGAGUGCCUGCACAUCCUCCACCUGCAGCAGGUGGCCAGACACAGAGGCUCCCUGGGAGGACCCACCAUCGAGUGGCUGGAGCCCAAACUGCCCGACCUCCUGAAGAACGGCAGCGGCUCCCUGGGCAGCUUCAACACGGGGGAGGGCACGCUGGAGGGGGGGCGCCUGGAGCUCAGCAGCCCCGAGUCCUGCAGCUUCUCUGGGGAGCAGGAGGACAUCGAUGCAGAGGAUGAGUUGGAGGACUCCUUCACGGAUAAGGAGGAGGACCUGGGGGCCGUGGAGGAGGAGCGCAGCGUCAUCCUACACCUGCUGUCGCAGCUGAAGCUGGGCAUGGACCUCACGCGGGUGGUCCUCCCUACCUUCAUCCUGGAGAAGCGCUCUCUGCUGGAGAUGUACGCCGACUUCAUGUCCCACCCGGACCUCUUCGUGGCCAUCGCCGACGGCGCCAGUCCUGAGGACCGCAUGGUCCGCUUCGUGGAGUACUACCUCACCUCCUUCCACGAGGGCCGCAAGGGCGCCAUUGCUAAGAAGCCCUACAACCCAAUCAUUGGCGAGACCUUUCACUGCUCCUGGAAGGUUCCCAAGAGACCAGAGGCCUCCAAGGAGCCUCCGCAGGGAGGCUCGGACCCGGCCGCCGCCGCCACCCAGGACUUCCACCAAGUGCGCUUUGUGGCAGAGCAGGUGUCCCAUCACCCACCUGUGUCUGGCUUCUACGCUGAAUGCCAGGAGAAGCGGAUGUGCGUGAACACACACGUGUGGACCAAGAGCAAAUUUAUGGGCAUGUCCAUCGGAGUGUCCAUGAUAGGAGAAGGUUGUCUUUAUUUGCUGGACCACGAUGAAGAGUACACCUUCACGCUGCCGUGUGCCUACGCGCGCUCCAUCCUCACCGUUCCCUGGGUGGAGCUGGGCGGCAAGGUCAACAUCAACUGCGCCAAAUCGGGAUACUCGGCAGUCAUCACCUUCCAGACUAAACCCUUCUACGGUGGCAAAUUACACAAGGUAACCGCGGAGGUGAAGCACAACUCCACCAACGCGGUGGUUUGCCGCGUGCAGGGCGAGUGGAACGGGGUUUUAGAGUUCAGCUACACCAACGGGGAGACGAGGGUGGUCGACGUCACCAAGCUGCCUGUGACGAAGAAGCUGGUGCGGCCGGUUGAGAAGCAGGGACCCACCGAAUCCAGGCGCCUGUGGCAGCACGUGACGGAGUCUCUGCGGCUGAAGGACAUCGAAAAAGCCACCGAGCACAAGAGGAUCCUGGAGGAGAGGCAGCGGACGGAGGAGAGGCACCGCGCCGAGACCGAAACGCCUUGGAGGACCCGAUACUUCGACAGGGAGGGUGAAGGCUGGGUUUAUCACAAACCACUCUGGAAAAACUCUGCGUUCAAAUCCUAGUUCCUUCGGUCCGUAUCUUGGAUGUUGAUAUUGUAGAUUCAGGAGUGCGUGUGCGUGCGUGUGCGUGUCGACGGCUAUGAGGUGAAAGUAUUGAAAGACCUGCACUGGCGUUCAGAUGAAUGCAGCGUAAAGACAGUCCAGACAGUCCAGAAUCCAGUGUCAGUGGUUGAUACUUGUACAGGUAAUGGUACUCUAUUUACACAGCCUUAAGAUGUUCUGGUGGAUGAUGAUGCUCUCGUUUCGAGUUCGGACUGGAUGUGGUUCUUCUUCUUCUUCUCUUUUUAAGCUGUGGUCUCACACGAGGGUGAAGGGACUUUUUCACGAGUUUCUUCAUCAGAUAAGGCGAAUAAAAUUUACUGAUACCAACUCUCACUGAUGAGAUCCGAGCCCAUGCGAUGUGUUUCCAUGCAGGGGUCUGGUGUGGGCAGAAGUUUGGCUGUAACAUUUAUCAUGUGGUGCGGGAAGAUUUCUGACGUGUAAAGGCUGCAGUGAAACUUCUAAGAGACACAAGGUCAUGACAAAACCAUAGUUAAUGAUAUCCGUUAAGAUCCAAAAAUACCGUGGAUUAAAUUUAGAGUUGAAAAUAAACUCCUAUACCACCGUUCCAGGCUUGCUGGUAAAGUCAUAUUCAACAUUUAUAAGCGUUGUGUAAACUUGUAAUAAAUGGUUUAUGAUGCCAUGUGAGCAGAGUGUUUAGGAACUUUUACUCCCAGGACUAAAAAAAAACAAACACUUUUUUUGUUUUGUUUUUCCUGAAAGGAACUAAAAGGUACCAUACCGCUGAUUGCAUUUCCAACACAAAUUUGUCCCAUUUUUGCAGAAGUCUUUGCAACAUUAAAAAAAAAAAAAACCCACAGCAGUGGGAAAACUUAAGCAUUAGCAGCAGAGCAGAUAUUCAAGACCCCUCCCCCAAAGUUGUGAAUGUUUUCUUUUAAAAAUAUAAUUAGUAACUGGCCCUGAAAAUUGUUCUGCUACUCCCACUCCUGUCCAGAAGGUGGCAGAAUCGUGCUCAACAACGACGAACACACUAAACGCUUGAAAAGAAACAAGCUGUCCUCAACAGUUCCUAGUUCCUGGGUGAGUUCCUGUGGUGAAAAUGUGACAAUAGAGUGUUAUAAAUCUUUUAUUAGAAGUUGUUAAAUGACAAACAGAUCUCCAUGUUUAAAAUCUUUGAAUCGGACACUACAUUCAACAGUCCUGUUAUUUUACCCUCUAAAUUCUGAUUUAAUCGUUGGAUGCUGUUAAUGUUGAUUUAUUUAUUGACGAGGUCACAGUUCCUGGGCGGCAUGUCGUAGACUAGCUGAUGAGUAACCAAAUUUUUUUAUGACUUAAUCACAGAGAAUGCGUCUAAAAUGGGAUCCUCCACUAUUGGUGUGUUUAGCCCCUCGUCUCUGUUUUGCAGUGUAUGGAAAAUGUGCAUGAGAGCUUGGUUCACGUUGACCGAGUACUAUACCGGUGUACUUCAGUUUGUCUGUUGUGAAAGCUUUUAACCAAACUGGCUUGUUUUGUAAUGCAAAUAAAUAUUUUCUUUCUCGUGCUUUAAUUGCUCUUAUUUUUAGAGCCACUUUUUGUAUAGGUUUGUUGCGCUGUCACUUUUCUUCUUCUUCUUCUUCCCCCCAUUUAAAAGUAAUUCCCCUCUGCUAUACUCUGACAUCCAAACUUUCCUCUAAAAAGUCCAUUUCUCCUGGGAUCUCUUCUCCACUCUGCCAUUGAUAAGCUACUCCCUCCAAGUCUUGGUGCCUUACGCGACUCUUUCAGUGCAUCUUCCAGUGAAGGAGCACGGCAUUUUCAUCAGUUACUAACCGAUGCAGUGGUGUAUGGAUUGUUUGUGUGUGAGAGCACUUUUAUUCUAGUUUUUUCUUUUCUUUUUUUUUUUUUGUCUUGCUGACCUAUGAAAUGCACUGACACCGAAGGAAACAUGAUGUUGUAGAAACAUGGACUUGUGUGAUAAUAAUCGAAUAAAUUGCGUAUCAGUUGUA